AUGGCCUGCAGGGUCACUUUAAAACAGACUCUGGAUUUCGACCCACUCCUGAGCCUGGCCUUGCCGAAGCGGCGACGUUGCGCCCCAUUGUCCUCCUCGGCAGCGACCUCCUCUUCCAUGGCCUCCUUCGCCUCUUCCCCACAGAAAUACCUGUGUAUGGAUCCCUCACCCUUUGGGGAAGUGUCUACUUGUACCACAGAACAAAUUCUGUACAAUAUAAAACAGGAGUACAAACGCAUACAGAAGAGGAGACACUUAGACAAUUUUCAGCAGACAGAUCCCUGUUGUUCUACUGAUGCACAGUCACAAGCAUUUCUCCUUACUGGACCAGCUUUGCCAGGUACUUCAUCUGCAUCAGCAUCACCACUGAAAAAAGAACAGCCCCUCUUUACUCUGAGAAACAUUGGAAUGAUCUGUGAAUGCUUACUCAAAGAACGUGAAGAGAAAAUCCGUGAAAAAUAUGAAGAAAUCCUGACAACAAAACUUGCAGAACAGUAUGAUACUUUUGUGAAGUUCACGCAUGACCAGAUCAUGCGACAUGGAGAACAGCCUGCAAGUUAUGUUUCAUGAAUCAUGUUUUCUGCAUAUGUGGGCAGCCCUGAAACCCUGUACUAUUGUUGCAAGCUGUCUUUUAAAGGCU